AUGUCAAAUUCAAGUAAUUCUUUUCAUCCUCAAUCUGGUCAUCCUGGUGUUACUUGGUGCAGUGAAAGAAGAACAUGGAGAAUUUGUUAUGCUCCAGAACCAGGAAAAAGAGUAACCAAAAGCUUUAAUCCACGACAUUAUGGUGGUUUAGAACAAGCAAGGCAAGCAGCUGUAGAAUAUUUACGCGAACAAAAGGCAAAGUUAAGUUUAUAUAAACCUAGCGGUGGAAAUGGAAGUAAUUCUUCCAAAAGUGAAAAUUCAAGUGUAAAUUUAAAGAAGAUGAAUGAUAUGCGUCAUCCUACAACAAGUGCAAUUGAUGUGAAUGUAAAUAACAUUAAUAGCUCUAAUUCAAACAAAUUGAUGAAGUCUAGCAAUGGUAAUUCAAAGUGGUCUUCUACAUAUAAUGGCUUUGAAUUUAGUCUUAGUCAUUGUAACAAUAAUAAUAUGGGAAUCUCAAAUGAGAAUAAUAGUGAUGGUAAAAUUAAUGUCAAUGGAACUAAUAAUCAUUUAUUUGGUAUUGAAAAUACAAGUAAUGAGCAGUGGAAUGUAGCAGCUGCUGCAGUUAUUGCUCAUGCAAUAAAUACAUCUAAAAAUAGUGGGUUUUCACAAAAAAGGAAAUCCAUAUAUGAGCAUUCUUCAUCUCUUGGUGUACCAUCAAAUAAGUCCAGUAAAUCGUCUAAUACUCAUAAUGGUAUGUAUGAAGAUAAUUUAAUGUAUUUUAAUUCUCAUAUAAACAAUAAUAAUCAUUGUAUUGAAGGACAAAAUUACUGUGAAUGCUGCUAUUCACCAUCACAGUAUAAACAUCGUCAGACAUUACAAUCUUGCCAAUAUUCAUGUUCUCACAUAUGUUCUGAGUCAAAUUGCAACUCAAACUAUAAAGUUUCAUCUAUACCAAUUUCAAAUAAUCAUCCAUUCAUUUGCGAAGGAAAUGAUCCAAAUAGUGUGAAUGAUUUAAUGAAUAUAAGAACUCCGAAGUAUGUUUCUUACCAGCGUCAUAGCACAAAUAAUCAAGAAGAAGACUCUUUGCAUCCUUCUAUAGCAUCUUCAUCUCCCUUAGGCAGAAUGUUCCAGUCAACUCCCUACCAAAACCUAGACAAUUAUGAUAAUGUUUUGACACCAUAUAUGAGGAUAAAUCAAUCAAUAGGUCAAAAUGGUACUAACAAUAGAUUCAACACAAACAGUUAUGAAAAUAAUGAAUGUAACCCAACAGGUUGCAACUUGAAUACUAAUAGUAAUUCUUUAUUGUCAAAUUCCAAUCAAUCAAUGACCUCAAGUGGAAAUUAUCCAUGUUAUAAUUUAAAUAGUAACUAUGUAAAUGAUCAAUCUAAUGAUAUACACUCUCCAUAUUCAUGCUGGUUUGAAGGAUUAGGAUCUUGUUAUUCUGAGAUUGAAGAUACAUUUCUAAGUAAAACUAAUUCAAAUAAUAAUUUACAUUUACCACCUAUUGGAUCACUUGGACCAUAUUCAUUUCAACCAUUUAAGGAGUAUUCAUCAAAUGACAAUGGUAACAAAUCAAUUGUAGAAAGUGUUCUAUUACCAUUGUCAAUUACAACAUGUAGUACUUCUGCUGAACCACAAUUAUCAAAUGAACUACUAAUUGAACCUUAUCGAGGUACAAGUACUUUCCCAAAUUCUACAGAUAAAUAG